UAUGGCCCUAACGUAUUUUGCCUUUCUUCCUUAAACCCUAGCAUUGGCCGCUCCCACUACUCCUCUUCUCUAAGUACCUUACCACUGUCAAUUAGUAUGGCAUUUUGUAACAAAGUUGGGGGACUUUUGAGGCGGAGCAUUUCUCAGAAUGGACCAGCACCUAUAAAUUUUAUGCUUAAUUCCAUUCGCUGCAUGUCAUCAAGCAAGCUUUUUAUUGGAGGUCUUUCAUACUCAACCGAUGAGCAGUCUCUAAAGGACGCAUUUGCUGGCUUUGGUGACGUGGUUGAUGCCAAGGUUAUCGUUGAUAGAGAUACUGGGCGGUCUAGGGGAUUUGGGUUUGUUAACUACUCAAGUACGGAAUCUGCAAGCGAAGCACUGUCUGCUAUGGAUGGCCAGGAACUUAAUGGACGAAACAUUCGAGUGAGUUUUGCCAAUGACAGACCUGCUGGCCCUCGACCUUUUGGAGGUGGUGGUUAUCGUGGGGACAGAGGUUUUGGUGGUGGAGAUGCUGACUUCUAAGCUUUUGGAGUUGUGCUGCAUAUGGGCUUGUAUCUAUUGCUAGUUGGUGCUCCUUAGAAAUUGGGGUUGAUGGAAUUUAUCUUUGAUGAACUAUUACCAGAAGUGAGUACAAACACCAUAUUAAUGCGUUACCAAAUAGUCUUCUCUUUGCCCUCAAA